ACCAUGGCUGUGCCAACCACGACGGAGAUCCCUGGCGAUUGUGCACUCCAGGCAGCUAUUUUGCAAGGGAUAGGGCUAGCCGUAUUUCGGUUUAGCAGUGAGCCUCCGUCCGUUGUGGAGGCUAUGGGUGCUUGUUUCGGCAGCCGUAUUGGUCGCUUCACCCAUAGUUUGCUUCUCUAGGGCGGGCCAGGGUUAGCCUCGUCAUCGCCAUCGGUAGAUCGGACCUUGUCGGCCAUUUAACCUCCAACGAGACCGAAGCUAGACUUGUAUAUAAUCUGGAGGUUCUCCCCUCCCAAAACAAUGUUUCCCUUUGUUGGAAAUAAAUCAUUACGAAUCUAGUCACACUUACAAUACACCACAAAUUCUACUAUAACCAACACACACUGUUCUAUCUACUACAUCACAUCACUGUACCUGCGCAUUUGCUCUCACCACCAUGACCACGCUACAUAAUGAGCAUCAGCAUGCCAGCUGGGUUUCGGGGAAACUGCACCGGAGAUCAUCAGAGUACUCGCAGCCGCCUCCCGAAUAUGAGCUCAACACCCUCAGCCCCUCGACUUCUACAUCGACCGGCUCGCUUCCUGAGUAUGAACACAAUGCCGAUACUGGAGCCUUUCCAUCAGGCUCCCAAGCAAGAUUUUAUCCUUCGCGAACUUUACAGAUUGAAGCCGCGGGCCAUGGUAUAUGCACACUUCCAUACUCCACUUCCAGACAGCCUAUCCGCGUCUACGAGGUCAUGUCUGGUGGCGAUGCCAUUGGCGACUUGGUUUAUGAAUCCGAACGCAUCAAGCGCCACUCUGGAGACAGUAUUCUGGUCCGGGCCGGUGGUUCCGAGGCCCCUAUUUGCAGCACAAACUAUCGCUUCGGGCCGGGCAGACACCCUCGUAUGAGACUCCACGGUCUGCGGGAGUCUGAAGAGGUGUACGAAUUUAGCAACAAGAGUCUUCUUUCUCGUGCCCAGGUUAUCCGAACCCACCUCGGUACGUUUGAAUGGAGAUAUGCUAGCCGCAAGGAACGCAAGGCGCUUGGUGCGAAUUCCCUACUCGUGCUCGAGCACGUCUCCAAGGUGGCUCUCGCGGGUGGUGGCAGUGAAGAUCACCGCCGCAAGGUCGCUCAGCUCAUUCGAAACGAUGAAUACCGUUCUCGCGGCACUUCACGCAUGACUGCCGGCAAUGGCGGCCGUCUUGAAUUGGACUUGAGAGAGUGGGCAGACACUAAGGGCGAGGCAGAGCAAAUGGAGGUGCUUGCUUUGGCCUCGUGCAUGGUAAUGCUCAAGAAAGAGGUGGAUCGCCGUCGUGCAGGUCAGAUGGCUGCCAUGCACUCUGGUGGAGGAGGACCUUGAUUAUGAAAUUCGCUCUAGAAGUUGUUUCGUUUUUUAUUUGUCUUGUUAGCGUAGCCCUGUAUUCAUAGACAGCCAAUUGAAUUGAUACCACAGUCAAUGUUUAAGCCGGCAAACCACAAACUUGUGAAAAGAAUUUUAUUAAAAAUGUAAUAUUUUAAGCGG